AUGGAAGUGCAUGGUGCGGAUGGAAGUGUGCGGUGCGGAUGGAAAUGCGUGGUGCGGAUGGAAGUGCAUGGUGCGGAUGGAAGUGUGCGGUGCGGAUGGAAGUGCGUGGUGCGGAUGGAAGUAUACGUGUGCCCUACCAUGGUGCUCUUAGUAGCAUCCUCAAUACUAAUCAUGCACAAGUUCAACAUUUUACAGGUACAAAUACAAAAAUACGCACCUUCUAUGCACUACCCAUACCACCACCCUAAUCCUUGCUACAUAUACCUCCUGCCCCAGAGCACCGGAAACAAACACGUAUUGAUAAAAAUACGUAACACCACACGUAUUAUCAAGUACAGAUCAAAUUUACAGGCACAGCAUUCUCACAAGCUGUACCGUUCACGAUCCGUGAGCAACAUUCCCACGCCACCGUGCACCACUUAUCCUCCUAAAAGCAUUUACAAUCAUUGA